GCAGGGCAUCUGGGUACACAGUGUUGCCAAGAUGUUCCGGGGCCCCUGCUCCACGCUCCUGCUCUGGGGACUCCUGGGUGGCCUCCAGGCUCAACAGCAAGAGGUCAUCUCACCUGGCACCUCCGACAGAAACAACAACUGCCCAGAGAAGACCGACUGCCCCAUCAAUGUGUACUUCGUGCUGGACACCUCUGAGAGUGUGGCCAUGCAGUCGCCCACAGACAUCCUCCUGUUCCACAUGAAGCAGUUUGUGCCACAGUUCAUCAGCCAACUGCAGAAUGAGUUCUACCUGGACCAGGUGGCCCUGAGCUGGCGCUACGGUGGCCUGCACUUCUCUGACCAGGUGGAAGUGUUCAGCCCACCGGGCAGCGAUCGUGCGUCCUUCAUCAAGAGCCUGCAAGGCAUCAGCUCGUUCCGCCGCGGCACCUUCACUGACUGCGCGCUGGCCAACAUGACACAGCAGAUCCGGCAGCAUGGUGGCCGGGGCACUGUGCACUUCGCCGUGGUCAUCACCGAUGGCCACGUCACCGGCAGCCCCUGCGGGGGCAUCAAGCUUCAGGCUGAGCGUGCCCGCGAGGAGGGCAUCCGGCUGUUCGCCGUGGCCCCCAACCAGAACCUGAAGGAACAGGGCCUUCGGGACAUUGCCAGUACACCACACGAGCUCUACCGCAGCAACUAUGCCACCAUGCUGCCCGACUCCACUGAGAUCGAUCAAGACACCAUCAAUCGUAUCAUCAGGGUCAUGAAACACGAAGCCUAUGGGGAGUGCUACAAGGUGAGCUGCCUGGAGAUUCCUGGGCCCCCUGGUCCCAAGGGGUACCGAGGACAGAAGGGUGCCAAGGGUAACAUGGGUGAGCCAGGAGAGCCUGGUCAGAAGGGGAGACAGGGAGAUCCAGGCAUUGAAGGCCCCAUCGGAUUCCCAGGACCCAAGGGUGUUCCUGGCUUCAAAGGAGAGAAGGGUGAAUUUGGAGCCGAUGGUCGCAAGGGAGCUCCUGGUCUGGCUGGCAAGAACGGGACCGAUGGACAGAAGGGCAAGCUGGGACGCAUCGGGCCUCCUGGCUGCAAGGGAGACCCCGGAGAUCGGGGCCCUGAUGGUUACCCGGGAGAUGCAGGAAGCCCAGGGGAGCGAGGAGACCAGGGUUCCAAGGGGGAUCCUGGCCGCCCAGGACGAAGAGGACCCCCAGGAGAGAGUGGGGCUAAAGGAAGCAAGGGUUAUCAAGGCAACAACGGAGCCCCAGGAACUCCCGGUGUGAAAGGCGCCAAGGGCGGGCCUGGGCCCCGCGGACCUAAAGGCGAACCUGGACGCAGGGGAGACCCUGGAACCAAAGGCAGCUCAGGCAACGACGGCCCCAAGGGGGAGAAGGGGGACCCUGGCCCUGAAGGAUCUCGUGGCCUGGCUGGAGAAGUCGGUAACAAAGGAGCCAAGGGAGACCGAGGCCUUCCUGGACCCAGAGGUCCCCAGGGGUCUCCUGGGGAGCCCGGAAACCAGGGAUCUCGGGGAGACCCUGGUGAUGCUGGACCCCGUGGAGACUCAGGACAGCCAGGCCCCAAGGGAGACCCCGGCAGGCCUGGAUUCAGCUACCCAGGACCCCGAGGAGCUCCCGGAGAGAAAGGCGAACCUGGCCCACGUGGCCCUGAGGGAGGCCGAGGAGACUUUGGCAUGAAAGGAGGACCCGGGAGCAAAGGAGAGAAGGGAGAACCUGCAGAUCCUGGUCCCCCUGGUGAGCCAGGCCCUCGGGGGCCAAGAGGAGUCCCAGGACCUGAGGGUGAUCCUGGUCCCCCUGGAGACCCUGGCCUCACGGAAUGUGACGUCAUGACCUAUGUGAGGGAGACCUGUGGCUGCUGCGACUGCGAGAAACGCUGUGGUGCUCUGGAUGUGGUCUUCGUCAUCGACAGCUCUGAGAGCAUAGGCUACACCAACUUCACCCUGGAGAAGAACUUCGUCAUCAACGUAGUCAACAGGCUAGGGGCCAUCGCCAAGGACCCCAAGUCAGAGACAGGGACACGUGUUGGCGUGGUGCAGUACAGCCACGAAGGCACCUUCGAGGCCAUCCAGUUGGACGAUGAGCGCAUCAACUCCCUGUCCAGCUUCAAAGAGGCUGUCAAGAACCUGGAGUGGAUCGCGGGUGGCACCUGGACACCUUCCGCCCUCAAGUUUGCCUAUGAUCGGCUUAUCAAGGAGAGCCGGCGUCAGAAGACCCGUGUGUUUGCUGUGGUCAUCACAGAUGGGCGCCAUGACCCACGUGAUGAUGACCUCAAUCUGCGGGCACUGUGUGACCGUGAUGUCACAGUGACAGCCAUCGGCAUCGGUGACAUGUUCCACGAGAAGCAUGAGAGCGAGAAUCUCUACUCCAUCGCCUGCGACAAGCCACAGCAAGUGCGCAACAUGACACUCUUUUCCGACCUGGUGGCUGAGAAGUUCAUCGAUGACAUGGAGGAUGUCCUCUGCCCGGACCCUCAGAUCGUGUGCCCAGACCUCCCCUGCCAAACAGAGCUGUACGUGGCGCAGUGCACACAGCGGCCCGUAGAUAUCGUGUUCCUGCUGGACGGCUCGGAGCGACUGGGCGAGCAGAACUUCCACAAGGCCCGGCGCUUCGUGGAGGAGGUAUCGCGGCGACUGACGCUUGCGCGCCGGGACGACGACCCGCUGAACGCGCGUGUGGCGCUACUGCAGUACGGCGGCCCCAAUGAGCAGCAGGUGGCGUUCCCGCUGAGCGCCAACCUCACCGUCAUCCAUGAGGCUCUAGAGGACGCACGCUAUCUUAACUCCUUCUCGCACGUGGGCCCGGGCAUCGUGCGCGCCAUCAACGCCAUCGUGCGUGGUGCACGUGGCGGGGCCCGGCGGCACGCUGAGCUGUCCUUCGUGUUCCUCACCGACGGCGUCACGGGCAACGCCAGCCUGGACGAGGCAGUGCACUCUAUGCGCAAGCAGAACGUGGUGCCUACUGUGGUGGCCGUGGGUGGUGACGUGGACAUGGAUAUGCUCACCGCGCUCAGUCUAGGCGACCGUGCUGCCAUCUUCCGCGAGAAGGACUACGACAGCCUGGCACAGCCCGGCUUCUUUGACAGGUUCAUCCGGUGGAUCUGCUAGUGCCUCCCUGCCCGCGGGGUCCGCCGGCCCGCGUUCAUGGUGCUAACCAGACCCUCCCGGUGCCCACCGCCCUGCA